CUCUGUGUUUGGAAAGUUGACAAUUCUCAAGGCGAAAUGCACCAACUUUCAGUGUGUUGAUGUCACUCCUAAUGUUUCACCAGCUGCAAAAAUGGCAGGAGAAGUCACACCAAAGUGCAAAGCAUGCCCAAACAAUUUCUUGAGUGUUGAUGGAAAUAACUAUUACUGCGAGUAUGAUAUGGCAGUUUGUUUGUCCAAGCAUCCCAAUUGCAAAGUGUGUGCUGUUGAUAAAUGCUACCAAUGCAAGGAUGAUAAAUACUUGAAGGAAGACCUCUUUGAGUGUUUUGAUGCAUGUGAUGAUGGGUAUUUCAAAGACACCAUAAACGAAAAUAACCACACUUGUGGAAAAUGUCAACCAGACUGCAAAACUUGCACUGAUGGGACCAAAUGCACUUCUUGUCCAGAAAACGCACUGCUUCUUGAAGACACUGGAAAAUGUGUAACAGCCACUGAAUGUCCAUCUGGAUACUACAAAGACACAGUAACUGCAACACGUAAGAAGAGCAAAACUGGAAGCAAUUGUCUGACUUGUGAAUCUGACACAAAGUGUUUGUCUUGUAUUGAUGGAUUCUAUUUGGCAGAUGAAGGAAAAUGUUCUGCGUGUAACACAGUUGCUGGGUGUGGGAAAUGCAAGUCAGCCACCGAGUGCACUGAAUGUACAACUGACAAUCUCCAACCAGACAAAACUUGCAAAAAGGAUUGCCCAGAAGCGUACUUUGCAAAGGAUAAGGUGUGCACUGCAUGUGUUGAUGAUUGCAAAACAUGCACCGAAGAAAGAAAGUGCGCUGUUUGCAAAGAAGAUGCUCUGAUUGUUGAAGACACCAAAAAGUGUGUGAAAGGCAACUGUCCAGAUAUGUAUUUCAAAGAUGGUGCUGAGAAGAUGUGCAAGAGAUGCACUGGUGGUUGCAAAGUGUGCAGCAAUGCAACUGACUGCCAAGAGUGUGUUGCAUUAAAGAUGUUGGAGGAGGGAACCAUGAAAUGUGAUAUGUGCAUGGCAAACUGCAUGAUGUGUGCAGCAAAGGAAAAGUGUGAUAAGUGCAAAGACAACUAUUUUAUGUCAGAUGGCAAAUGUGUUGACAUGUGUCCAGAAAAGUACUUUGAAAAAGAAGGAAAAUGCGAGAAGUGCAAAGACACUUACAAUACGCCAUGCAAACAAGGCGACACUGAAUGUAAGGUUUGUAUGAACAAAAGUGGGACAUUGAAAGUGUUAGUUGUAGCUGUUGUGUUUGUCUUGAUGAUUGCCUUCUAA